CCCGCAGUCCCGUUACAGGUGGGGCUGCUCCGCCAGCUCGCCGGCGCGCUCCGCCGUAGGCCCACCUCGCGUCGCGCCGUGCGUUCAGUCGGUUCAGUCAUAGCGAGGCCCUUGCCGGUGUGUGAAGUUUGUGUUGCGUUCCGGAGCCGUGCACACCGUGUGGCCGGUCCUUAUCGCGGUGAAGAUGCGUGUCGACGUGGUGGUGCUGGUCGCGCUGGUCGCGGGGUGCGCGGCGCACGACGCCGAGGAGGGCAGCCCGCUGCUGGACGCGGCCCGCCAGAUGCUGCAGGACUCCCUGGACAGCCGCGGGGGCGGCGCGGGCGCGGGCCAGGGCCUCGGGGCCGUUGGUGGGCUCCUGCAGAGCUUCAUGCAGUCUGACGGCGGCCGCCAGCUCGGGGACAUGCUGCUCGGGGGCGGCGCGGGGGCGGGAGGCAGCCCCGCGGCCGACAUCCUGUCCGGCCUGGGCUCGCUCAUCGGCGGCGGCAAGGGCGGCGGCGGCGGCCUGGACCCGGCCAUCAUUGGCCACAUGAUGGACAUCUUCACGAAGUCCGGCGACGACGACAACGCCGAGGACAACGACGUUGACGUCAACAACAACGACGUGGGUGGGAAGCGCAGCGGCCAGGACGGCGCUGUCGACUGGGGUGCGCUCCUCGGCGCCGCGUCGUCCCUCGUCGGCUCCCAGGGCGGCGCCGCGGACCAGAUCAUGAGCGUGCUGCCCGCCCUGAUGCAAGGCCUGGGCGCGGCCGGCCACAGCCACCACGAGGACGACGUCAUUCCCGAGAACGAGCAGGACGCGCACCGCGGCCACCACGUCCACAGCCACAAGUCCAACAUGCUGCCCCCCUUCCUGGACAAGUUGUACGACAUGUGGGAGCACUUCUCCGAGUCCGACCUCGGCCGCACCCUGUGGCACACCUCCGGGCUCGACGCGCUGCUCAAGCUCUUCACGGACCCCAAGACGGGCCGCUUCCAGACGGAGCGCAUCUUCGCCUCGCUGGAGAACGCCUCCUUCCGCCGUCGCUGGAUCAAGUCCGUGUCCAGCUUCGUUGCCGAGUGGGCUAAGCGAGUCGCCGACCCCGCCACGCAGACCAG